CAGAAUUGUGUGAAAUAUCAGUGACUUAUUUUGAAUCUCGUAGUGAAAAGGAAUAUCAUGGGAGUUGUGAUAAAUUUAGUGAUACUUUCGGUGGUCACUUUCUGUGUUUUGCAGUCUGAGGCUAGACCCCAAACUCCACGAAGGGAUGAACAUUAUCCACCGAGAGAUGUCUUGGCCGAGUAUAAGCACAUAGCAGAUACAUGUAAGGCCGAAACUGGAACCACUGCUGAAAUCGUAAGAGAAUUCAGCGAUGGAGAUCAUUUAACACCCGUGGAAGAUGAAGCCCUAAAAUGCUACAUGAACUGUAUCUUCCACAAGAUUGAAGUUGUGGACGAUACAGGGCAUGUUCACAUGGAGAAACUACGUCUUAAGGUACCGGAUAAUCUCAAGGACAUUGGUCACAACAUGUUGGACAACUGUCAGAAUCCCGUGGGAGAUAAUUUGUGCGAGAAGGCUUAUUGGCUCCAUAAGUGCUUCAAGCAAGUCGAUCCUGUUCAUUACUUUCUUAUGUAAAUGGAUUUUGAAAGACCUUACCGAUCUUACUCAAUUGACAUUCUCUUGCAAACUGAUAAUGUAAAUGCACAAACAAUUGACACAAGACUAAGAUUUCUGUAGUGAAAAAUAAGUGAACAAUGUUAAUAAAGUGAUAAAAAU